AUGAGGACAUUUUUGGGUAUCAUUAUGUGGAUGGGAUUGACUCCUCAACCAUCUAUAGCGUCAUAUUGGAGCAAAAAUGAUAUUUAUAAAUCUAACAUUUCUAAUUAUAUGAAAAGAAAUCGAUUUGAAUUAUUACUAAGAAGUUUUCAUUGUUGUAAUAAUAAUGAAUGUCCUCGAGGAGAUCGAAUAUUUAAGAUACGUGGCUUAGUUGAUAUGUUAGUAAACAAAUUUAAAAAUUGUAACAUACCAGGUGAAAAUUUAUGUGUCGAUGAAUCAAUUAUUCCUUUUGUCGGACGUUUGUCGUUCCGUCAAUACAUCCAAAAUAAAAGGCAUAGGUAUGGAAUAAAGGCUUUUAAGCUAUGCACGAAUGAUGGAUAUACAGUAGGUUUCAAAAUAUACGCUGGACAGGAAUCAGUUCCUGGAAUGGGACUUUCAACUAAAAUUGUUAUGGAGUUGUCCGAAGACUACUUGGAUAUGGGGAGAACAAUAUUCACAGAUAACUGGUAUACUUCUAUUAGCUUAGCAAAUGAACUUUUGUCCCGAUCAACGAAUUCAGUAGGUACUUUGAGAUCCAACAGGAAGUUUAAUCCAAAAAAUGUUAUUAAUCGAAUAUUUUGA